CCUGGCUCAGCCUGCCUCAGCCUGCCUCAGCCCCGCCCGGGCUCAGCCUUAAAGCCCAGCUCAGCCCCAGCCUUGUUGCCCAGCCCGCUCAGCCUGGCCCCAGCCCGGCUCCCAGCCCUCGGCCAGCCUGUGCCUGCGCAGCCCGGCCCCAGCCUUGCCUCCAGCCUUUGCCCAGCCUGCUCAGCCUGCCAGUGCCCUGGGCCCAGCUUUCCGUGCUCCCCCAGUCCCAGCCCACCGCCUCAAAGCUGGGCUCAGCCCCAAGCCUCAGCUCCGGUCAGCCCCGUCCCCCAGCUAAAGCGCCCGUCCAGCCCGCCUGCCCGCCUCAGCCCCAGUUAAAGCCUGGGCUCCAGCCAGCUCACCAGCCUGGGUGGCUCAGCCCGCCCAAAGUGCCUGCGCUCCGCCCCAGCCUGGCUCAGCCUGCCCAGCUGGCUCCAGCCCUAAAGUCUGCAGCCCUGGGCUCAGCCCUGCUCAGCCUCGCUCAGCCUGCUCAGUGCCUGCUCAGCCUGGGUCAGCCCUGCGUCACCGGCCCCAGCCCGUCUGCCUCACCAGCCUGGCCCGCCCUUCACCAGCCUGGCCCCAGCCCAGCCUGGGCUGGCCUGCCCCAGCCUGCCCCGCCACCAGCGCCCAGCCACCGCCUGCCCCUCAGCCGUGCCCGUGCCUGGCUCUGCCUCAGCCCGCUCAGCCCCUGGGGCUCAGCCCGCCCAGCCUGUGCCUCAGCCCAGCCUGGGCUCAGCCUCUCAGCCCCAGCCCUGCCUGCGCCGUGCCAGCCCCGGCCUCAGCCUGCCCGUGUCCAGCCUGCCCCAGCCCCAGCCUGCGCCCGCCCCAGCCUGCCUCCCGCCUGGGCUCAGCUCAGCCUCGGUGCCUGCCUCAGCCCUCAGCCUGGGGCUCCACCUGCCUCAGUUCCUGCCUCAGCCUGCAGCUCCGCUCAGCCCGCCUCAGCCCGCCCGUGCCCGGGCCCAGCCCCGCCCCAGCCCCGGCUCAGUCAGUCUCAGCCUCCCCCAGCUCGCCAAACAGCCUGCCUCCGCCUGCUCAGCCUGCCUCAGCUCGCCUCAGCCUCCGCCUGCCCGCCUCAGCUCACCAGCUCUGCCUCUGCGCCAGCCAAACUGCUCAGCCUGCCAGCCUGGCUCAGCCUCGCCUGCCCUGCAAGCAGCUCGCCCAGCCUGCCUGCUCCUCAAAGCCUCGUUCAGUUUUAA